AUGGGAGGCGCGCUCGAGGCCAUCGCGCGUGCCCUGGCGACGCUCGAUGCCAUGUCCGUGUCCCCCUCUACCCCGGCCCCCGGGUCCGUGGAGCUCGGCUGCCCCGAUGGCCUCGAGGUAUUGCCCGGCGCCAGGGCACGGGCGGCACGGUCGUCGGCCCGGGGCCGAGACGAUGCCCGGCCAGGCGCCGGCGCCGGCACCCCCCGAGAGCGCGCCCUCGCGGGCUUCGGCACCGGGGGCGCCGGAACUGCACUCGACCCGAUGCGAGCAGACCAACGGCAAACCCCCUCCCUCGCUGGUCCGGGUGCCGGGGCCGGAGGGCUGCAGCCCGGCCGCCAGCCCCUCGCGGCCUGGGCCUCGACCGUGGACGCAAGACGGCGAGGCUCCCCGGCUGCGCCCGGGGCCCGCAUGGCCAGCAGCAGGUCAUGGUUAACACUGGGGCCCGGUCUCGAGGAAAAUAUCUCCGCCGCCGGGCCCGGCCGAUGA